CAACAUGGUCACGACAUGCCGACGUGAUCACGUUCGAUCACCUUGUUAUUAGUUUGGUACACAUUAACAAAUAAAAAUUGACAAGUGUCGGUCUAUUUAAACUUCAAGAAGAUAACCGUUGUUCUAACUUUACGUGGCGCUACAAACCAAGACUAUCGCUUGAGCAGACAAGGUGAGUCUGAUUAUUUCGAUUGAAGAGAUAAACCUACUCUCGUUUCUCCUCAACAUAAUCAUUUGAGAUUCAGGGAUCUCUUAAAGAAUGAAGUGUUUGUACGGGUUAGUGUUCGUUAUUGGUGUUGCUCUAGCCUUCGAUAAACAGGGGUGGAUAGCACCACUGGAGAAAUAUGCUCAUUUCAAUGAAAAGAAUGAGGUUAUGAUUGAGUCAGAAUGCGACGAGACGCCCGACGUCAAGUUGGUGUCCAAACUCUUCCCGGAGCCCACGAACACCAAGGUUGCCCAAGCUAUCUCCAACGGACAGGAUCCAACUCAAUUUCUCGACCCGCUCUGUUAUGAAAGAGAAGAUCCUGAAGUUUGGAAGACCCUGGAUAAUAUGGUCUUUGGUGGUGAGGCAUGCGGUGUAGAAGUACGCAUGGACGUUUUCGAGAAGAUCGGUGCAUUCGGAAACCAGAAAUGCGACCAUGGAUGCAACCUGGGUGCCAUCGAAGCCAGCCUUCAAGCAAGCUGGGACAAGAUUCAGCCCUUCUUUGAUUUCCUCAACGACUGGCUCGAGAACUCGAUCAGCCCAUGGAGCCUCAAGAACCCAAGUUGCACCGAGAUUGUUGAGCCCGCCAUCAUUGCCGUUAGAGACGCCGUUGUAAACUCUGGUAACUGCAAACCAAAAGCACUCGCCGUUUUCCUCGACGGCGGCUAUGGCCUCUUCGAAAAGGACGAUCUGGGUAUUGAAAGUAGUGCUUACAGUCGCUGCAAUAGUUUCAGGCAUCACAGUGAAUUUUUUAAGAACCACUACAGACAGUGGCCAACAGACGCCCAUGGCAUUGCUCAGGUUAUCAUGAGCAACAUGCUAGUAGUAGGAAUAGAGAGAACAUCGUAACAGAUCUCGAUUUCCGACCUUGAUGUGAAUCACUAAUCAACUGAAUAACAUUCGUUCGGCUUAAUAAAA